AUGCCUGGCAUCAACCAACUUCCAUCUGGGUCAGAAGGUGCGGCAGCGGUCUCGCUGAUAUGGGCGUCGGAUGGUCCUGUAAGGCAGCCCGCUUCCAUUUCUGGUCUUGACAGCGCCACACGCAUAGGACUCGAUGCUGAGACUGCUUCUACACUAGAUCUCUCCCUACUCGCCGUAUCAUCGAUUUCGAGCACGACUUUUUCUAUAGUACAGCAGAUCCGCGACAUUACUUGGUAUGUCGACAUAGUGACGGAGGGUUUUGAACGCAAGUUGAGAUUACCGGCCGAUGAUCCGGAACUCGCCAUCGCCAAUGGUUCCUUUGGGGUUGACUUGGUCCUGUACUAUCUUCAGUACUACUCAUACAGCGUGCAGGCUAUGCUCGUCAUGUUCUGGGCAGCCGAAUUGUGCCAGCUGACAUAUCAGGUUGGGGAGAGACGCACGAUCAGAGUCAUGUUCCGCAAACUUCAUACGGCAGGAAAAUUGGUCUCGUGGCUGCUGCCACUGAUGACCAUUUUGAUGCUACGGAUCCCGUCCCUCAAGGAGUCUUUCGUAGCCUUUAUCCUCAUUGCCGACUUACCUCUGAUGAUCAGUCUUGCCAUUGGUAGUGGACUCAUGAUAGCAGUCCUGAUCAGAUACGUGAGAACGCGACAGAAGUUUACACAAUGGAGCCCGCCGAAUUGGAACUCGGGAUCGAACUCAGGAGGCACAGUAGUCACGGGCUCUCAGGAUAGCUCCCAGCGUAACCUCUCGGGAAGGCGAGGCCUUUACGAUCGUUGGCUCAUGGUUCGCUUCACUAUCGCUUUCGUGUCCCUGGCUAUCUUCGAAUGUACCAAUACUCUAUUCCAAGUAACAGCAUUACAAAACAACAUUAAGGACUCAAAAGCUACCGCACCGGAUCUCAGCGCAGGGCGUGCGAUACAGACGUUGGUCCUUUUCAUGCCUGGCACGACACCAGGCAUCUUCAUCUUUGUUGUCUUUGGCACCACCGCGUCUUCCAGGAAGAAGCUCGCCAACCUGAUCAUACCAAAGAGCUGGCGCGAAUCGCAGCGAUUCUGUCUUGGCCGUCGCAAGAGAAAGUCGUCCGAACCAGAUGCACUCUCACUGCGCGAGGGAGGCAUCACUGUCAAGCGCUCCUUGACUGUCACAUCAACGAGCCGGUUGCGCGCCAACCCGGCACACGAUGACGAGUUCUCCGAACCGAGCAUGAUCUCGAUGGACGACCUGACGAAGAGGUCCGAGAGCUCGCGAUCAGUGCAGAUCUCGUACAUGAAGCCGCUGCCCAAGACACCAGACACUCCACCAAUAUCGAGAUUCAACACACCUACCAAAGGCGCGUCUGCGGACGGCGCAGCAACGAAUGUCCGGGAGCUGACGUCGAUUGAGGAGAAAGACAGCACCGGGGGCGGCGGGCUGACGAGGACAAAUACGGAUGAGUCCCUCCAGGUUCCUGAUAUCCACGUCCUGGGAACGGAGCAUAGCGAUGAUUCGGGGCCGAUAUUACCGAUUCAGGGCCGCGAGCUGCGGCUUUCGAGGGACAUGUUCACCAUGGAUAGGGACAAGAGACGGAAUAGCGCCGGAGAAGGGAGGUCUAAGAACUUCUCAAGGCCGAAGCGAUAG